UGGAUGACGGCCUGAACGGGCAACAACAAACAUGGCAGCGGCUCCGGAGAGGAGCUGGACGGAGGAGAAGGAGAGGACGCUCAUUGCGUUUUUCUCCAAGAACAGCUGUUUGUGGAACUACAAGUCAGAGAACUACAAGAACCGGGAUCUACGAUGGAAAACCCUGGAGCACCUCCGGAUCCUGCUCUCCUUCCAGCCGCCUCCCGUUCCGUUCACAGUGGAAGACAUCAAGAACAAGUUUAAGAACCUGCGUACGACGUUCCAGCGCCAGUACAAGCUGGUCCGUCAGAGCGGCGAGGCCGGCCUGGUGCCGCAGUGGAAGCACUACCAGCAGCUGAGCUUCCUGCAGGGCUGCUGCGAGCCAGAGGAGGGCGCCGACGAGACGCCGCCCUCCCCGCCUGCAGAGGAGAGCUGGCUCCCGCCCACCUCCCCCGGACUCGGCAUCUCCUUCCUCCACUCCUCUUCCUCAGGCGGCGCCGCUGGGAGGAGCUUAUGGACGGAGGAGAGGGAGCGGGAGCUCAUCGCGUUCUACGCAGAGCAUGGCUGUCUGUGGAACAGGAAGUCUGAGAAUCACAACAACCGGCAACUCAGACAGAAACUCCUGGAGUCCCUCAGGAUCCGGCUCUCGGACCAGCUGGUUCUGUUUUCUGUGGAAGACGUAAAAUCCAAGUUCAAGAACCUUCGGACGGUUUUUAACCGGGAAUUCAAGGCGGUCCAGGCGAGCAGAACCUCGGACCAACCCUACGUGUCCAAGUGGAAACACUUCCACCAGAUGCUCUUCCUCUGCGAGUCGUUUGAGGAAGACGAGUUUCCUGACGGCCCGCAUGAAGGAAGCCGGACUUCCUGCUCCCAAAGCGGCGUCUCCGCCUCCUCCUUCGACGCCUGCAGCAUAAAGACGGAGAGCAACACCAUCAGCUGCUCCGCCUUCCAGGGUUUGUUCCCAUCAGCUCCAGACCAGACCGAGCUAAUGGAUCCCAGAGCGCCGUCCGGAUCGCCGCCGGACAGGAAGCCCGGUCGGGUUUUGGUUCCGGCUGACGACAGGGCGAGCGGCGAGUCGCGCUGCCUCUGGAGCGAAGCCAAAGUUCAGCAGCUGAUCUCGUUUUACGCCGAGCACAGCUGCCUGUGGAACCAUCGGGUCGACAGCUUCCGGAACCGGCUGCUGCGGCAGAGCCUGCUGGAGACGCUGAGCGGCCUGCUGUCCGCCGGAGAGCCCGUCCCGUUCACAGUGGAAGACAUCAAGACGAAGUUCAGGAACCUGCGGACCAUCUUCCAGCGGGAGCACAAGGCGGUGAGCGCCAACAGAACCUGCGGUUCCGAGGAUUUCUACCUGCCCAAGUGGAGGCACUACCUGGACCUGCUGUUCCUCUGCGACUCCGACAGCGACGAGGCCUUCGCCCAGACCCGACCCGCCUCCACCCAGAACCCGGCCGUCCCGCCGGCCCCGACCCCGCCGCGCUCCUGGCUCUCCUGCUCUUCCUCCUCCUCCUCCUCAUCAUCGACCCGCAGCAGGAAGCGAGCGGGCCGGCCGGCGGCGGCGCCGAGGAGCGGGCGCCGCGGCGAGGCGCCGCACGCCGGCUUCCUGAAGUACGUGGAGGAAUGUCUGAACGAGGCGCCGCCGCACAAAGUGAAGAGGAUGAAGAAGAAAAUCAUCGAGACGAUUCACAACCUGGAGGAGGACGGAUGAAAAACACUUCAAAAAAUACUGUAGAGUUUACAGCAAAGUACUGGGCCACUGAGAGAAUAUAGAAAUAAAAUAUGAGAAUAAUGUCAAAAUAAUAACGACAAUAAAGUCAAAAAGAUUAAAAAAUCAAAU